AUGAAAUUCUUUAUAGUUUUGUGCAUUAUUCUAAGCUGUAUUUUGCUAAAUCAAGCUCAGUAUUAUCCUGGUCGAGGAGGUGGAGGUGGCGGAGGCAGACUAGGUGGAGGCGGAGGAGGCGGUGGCAGAUCAUUUGGCGGUGGUGGUGGUGGUAUGAGAGGAUAUGGUGGUGGAGGUGGCCGUUAUGGAGGAGGUGGUGGAGGAGGUGGUUAUCCAUGGGGCGGACCAUUCGGCGGUGGAGGAGGUGGACCAAUUGGUGGUGGUGGAGGUGGACCGUACGGUGGUGGUGGAGGCGGACCAUACAGAGGUGGUGGUGGACCAUAUGGGGGUGGAGGCGGUGGACCAUAUGGGGGUGGAGGCGGUGGACCAUAUGGAGGCGACAAUUCAUAUGAUGAUUGA